AUGAGGCUUUCGCUUGGAAUUUUUCUUCUGGUGUCUGCGUUGAGUUUGACGCAUGCAAAUAUCAUCGAGGACAUUGCGAAUUGGCCAUUCUCUUAUUUUCGAAACUACAAUUGCUCUCAAUCAGUGAAAGACGAAAAAUUCUCGAUUCAAUUCAGAUUCAUUAACAGCUCCGAUAGUGUAAAAAAUGAGUCUUGUUUUGACACCCCGAUAAAUGUGGAAAACAUAACAAAUUUCGAUCCGAGACGCGAGACAAAAGUGAUGUUGAAUCCGUACUUUCACAAAGUGGACAUACCCGUGCUCAAAGAGAUGAAAUCAUUAUUCUCGAACUGGCCCGAAUUGAAUAUCAUCAUGAUAGAUUGGACCGCUGGCGGAGUACGCUUCAAUUACGAACAAGCAGCUUUCAAUACAAUUUCUGCAGCUGAACAGGUUCAAAGCACAUUCGCUGAUCUCAUCGCCUACUGGGAAAAGCAAGGUGUCGACCGCGAAGAGUGGGGCCCUGUACACUUCCUCGGCAUUAGUCUUGCCGCCCACGUGUCCGGUCAAGCGGCCCGAUUGCUUCAGCGCAACCACAACUUCACGAUCGCACGCAUCACCGGACUGGACCCCGCCGAGCCCUGCUUCGAGCCCGGGGAAAACUUCUGGUCGCUGCGACUGACCAGGCAAGACGCCGACUUCGUUGACAUUAUACACUCGGACGCGAGUGAGAAGCACAGUGGCGGCUUUGGCAUGCGCGAAGCCAUCGGACACGUCGAUUUUUAUCUCGACGGUGGCAAUUCAGAGGGAGAUUGCAGCCAAGAUAAAAACAAAAAUAAAAGAGGAUUCUUCAAGUCUUACAUCAAUUAUCCCAGGCUGACUUAUCACGCCUUGGUCGAGGGUGGCUUUUGUCGUCACAUGCGCGCGGCCAAUGUUUUCGUCGAGUCACUGAAGAACGACCAGCUGCGCACAGUCCGGCCGGACUGCCAAUACUGGGGCGUGCCUUGGGGCCUCGAGCACAACGCCAGCGAGACCGAGCGGGCCAUCCAGGCCAUCGACGACUGCACGCGCGAAACAUGCCCGGAAGUCGGUAUCAAUUCGGAGCGAUUUUUCCAAGACGACGAGAAAAACUUGAGGGUGGCGAGGAACGAGAGCGUCGUGUAUUACGUGUCUCUGCGAAACAGAUCGGACACAUGCGUGAAAUACUUUUCGAACGCUUUUCACGGCGUAUACUCGAACCAUCAACUGGAAAUAGGUGCGGUUGACACGACCAAGGAGUUUUUGCUGGAUUUCGGUCGAAUAGCUGCAGACCAGAUUAGCAAUUAUUUGAGUUCUUUCGUCUAG